AUGGGCAACACUUCCAGCACCAGAGCAGCACCGAGAAGACGUGGCUUCGGCGAAAUGAUCUCUACGUGCUUCGAUGUGGUCGAUAGGAGUGCAAGAUUCUUCGGCACAGCAGAGAGACUGAUGCCUUCACUCCUGACCAUGUCAAAGCAUGCUGGAUAUCUUCUGGGUUUCAGCACAUUCCUCGCAGGCGUCGGCGUCGUCACACAGGGCGCAGGUGUUCUCACACAGUACCUGCAGACGAGACAGAUGAUAGCGGAGGUUCGUGGCAUUCACGAAGAAUUGGUGGCUGGGACAGGUCUCUCGGCCGACCAAUUCGCCUCCAGAGUUUACGAGUACAUCAAAAUGAAGACUAAACAGACCUCCGGGCACAAAAGGAAACAUCUUUACUUUGUGUAUCACCCGGACACCGAUUGGCACCCCCGCUUUGCGGCUCUCACGGCAGACGAAGAACUCGCCGAUUCCUUCAUGGGGCUAUGUGAAGACUUGGAUUUCUUGUGCCUGUGGAUGCAGUAUCUCCGAGUCCGGUUCAAGUUUUCAAGUGAAUGGGGCUCGCGUCCGAUCUUCCAUCUGCUGAUGCCUGCUUAUCGCCCGCAGGUCAUUGAAGAGCCGAUAACCUUUGCACAAUCGUUGCAGCCUCUUCAUAUUCACGGUCUCAUCCAUAACAAGUUUCCGUGGGUGGCAUUAAACUUAUUCGAUGCCGACCUGGAGAAGCUUGAUGGAAUUCGUAUCUGGCGGCCCGACAAAAGUUGGUGGGAACGAAUUUCUGGCUCCCAAUCAGACCAACAUCCGAGAAUUCUCGGUCUUACCCAACAAGAGCUCGAUGAGAUCUUCGAAAAUGAAAUCAAUAUACGCCGGGUCCGAAGAAGAAGGGGUGGCAGAGGUAUACCACGAAGAUUUAGGCAAUUCGCCUGA